GGUUCCCGGUUAUUGGUACUCCGUUUCUAACAUUAACUCGUUUCGCCUAGUGUAAUUUCAAGAUUAAAUACUAAACUGCGGUUUAAGGUUGCUAGCUUUGUUACACAAAUCGAAAAAAUGUAAACAUUUUUUCCGCUACUUUAUUUUACAAAAUAAAAUGAGAAGAUGCUAAGUUACAUCUAAAGCUACAAAUCUGUAACAAACGAAUAAGGAAAAAAUCUUCAGUAUGGCUGCCAUGCUGAAGAGUGCAGCUGUUGGGACGAACAAAGGUCCUCCUAGUUCAUUCUAUGCCACGGAUAAGUCUAAGCCUAACCCAGUGCUACAGACCCUAGAGCAGGAGAUCAAUGUCUAUGUGGCCUACAUGAGGAAACGUACAGCUCCUGGCUAUAAGCCUAGCAAAGAUGAGGCCUCUUCAAGGGGAGCUGACAUCUUGUUUGAACUGUGGAACAAGUACCAACCUAGGCUACCACAGAUCUACUAUGAGAAGAAACUCCUAGAGAUGGGAGACUUCCUUGUCUCUGUCAAGGAAUACAACCUUGCGUUGUUCCAAUGCUAUGGGAGGUAUCUGAAACAUUUUGGAGACAUAAAUGUUGAAGCCAUCACUGAUGUGAACACAUUCAAAUCUGUAUUCUUCCCAGAUGGCUUUGAUUCCGAAAAUGCUGGAUUUACUUUUCGAGCAUUAAUGGGACUCAGUAGUUGCCGAUACCAAACAGUGAAAAUGGGUGACCCUAAGCUCCAGAACACCGAGAGUGUUGACAAGUGUAUCCGCCUGCUCUCGUUUCUACGUCUUGUGACUCAGGUCAUCCUGCCUAAAGAAUCACUAUCCUGGCUCGUUUACAAUGGCACCAUCCACAUCUACAGUGUAUCAAGACAUCUGAUGUGUCUUGGCCACUCAGCAAGGGUGUUGGAGUACCUACUCUGGGCCUGUAUGUGCAUGGAGGGUUCUGUUCCCUUACUGCAAGUAAAGUAUCUAACAUGGAGGUCAACCCUCUACACUGCAGUAUGUCAGGCUUACUAUGACUGCAAGGCCACACAGCAGGCAGAGGGUUUUGCUCGCAGAGCUCUAGCCAAGAUCAAGGAGCUAAGUGAGCUAGAGGGCAUGAGUUCAGCUGAGGACAUAUCUCAGACUGAACACAUCUUCCGUCAGGCUACCAUCAAGAUGGCAGUUAUGGUGUACAAGAGAACUGUGUUUGAGACUAGGAAGAAACCAAAGGGCCUACUGAGACCAAAGACAAGGGCUAAUCUCAAAGAUGCACAAUAUAUGCCCUGGCCCAGGACUCCUAGUGAGAAACUACUGGUUGAUAUGUUCGAAGGGAGUGCUGCUCAGUUCCUAUGUAUCUUGGAGACACUCUCAGAUAGCAAUAGACGCACCCUGCUUACCUCACCCCCUGCUGCCGAUUCUGAGAUUGAAAUAUUGGAUGUCUAUGCUGAGUUGUUUUUGGCAGCUCAGGAAAUAAUAUCAGGUGGGGGAGGUGCACCUGUUGUUCCCCACCCCCAAGAGAAACCAGGAAAGAUGGUCAACACCCCCACUGCUCCUAGUACAAAUGGUGUUGUGGUUGAUAAGUCUCUUAUAGAAAUGGCAACAGCAGGAGAAGAUGGUGUUCCACUGUCAGCUGUGGUCAAGGUGGUGAAGCUGGCCUUCUGCUUUGAACAAUGGGACACAUUUGAUACACUCAUAGCACUCACGGUCAACUUUAUUAAGGACCUUGAGGACUCAGAGUACAAUACAGAUGAGAAAGCCCUGGAGAUACUUCUGGCCAUGGACAGAGCAGGCUCAGCUAGGAGGCAGAAGAAACACACUGUAGUAGUGGAGGACCCCGUUGACCCUGCAGUCUUACCACCUCCCCCUACUCAAGGUUCUGGUAGAUCAGGCACUGGACUCAAUGAUGACCUCAUACUCCUGGGGGAGACACUGGUCUCUGUGACAACAGGAUCAUUUUCACCUGAUGAGAUGGAUAUGGACAUUAUGGUUGAUGCAGCUUUGUUUCUAUGGAACAAAUGUAAGGCAGUCUUCCAGAAAUACCAGACAGGAUCAGCUGAGAGUGCUAAGUACCUCAACAAAAUGGAAAACCCAAGCAAGUGGGUAUACAUACUUGACAUGGUCCACCAAGUUUUGGGAUGGUGUGGUGUGUCCAGUGUGGACCCAGCACUCACAGCUGAGGUAUCCCUCCGCCUUGGAAUGGUGCUAGAAAGUAGUGCCAUGCUGGAUGCCAAAGAAGAGGCAAAAGUGAAAGAUGCUAAGAAAUCGUCACGAUCUAAUUUAGAUGAUUCUGAAAAAUUAUUCAGUGAGUCAAAGACCACGCUGUCUGAUGCCACCCAGAGUCGUCCAGGCAGUCGUAGUGUUGCAAGUCGCUCCAGUGUUGCAUCAAUCUCAAUGUUGAACCAGUCAGUACGUGACCAACUGAUGCAGUCUAGGGACAUACUAGAGCUGGGAUUGCAGAAUAUCUCAUUUGCAAGGGAGGUUGUCGCAACCACUGAUGGCAAGAGCAUUGCUGAUAUAAGCUGGGUCAAAGAGUUCAACAAGGAGCUAUUUGAACCUGUGAUCCCUAGCACCACCACUGACAUACCUACAGAGAAUGAUGAGCCUGACCAGAUUCCCAAUAUUAUGUCCAACAAUGACUCUGCUGUAUGGAACACAGUGAAAGAUCUCCACCUUGAGCUGAUCUAUAUGUACCACAGGAUUUGCCUGAAACUGGCCAAGAUGGGCCCAGCACCAGGUCUGACCAAGAAACCAAGUGCUCCCAAGCAAACUAAACCAUUCAAGAGAAGAACAUGUUCCAACUUGGAUUUUGCCAGUAAACAAAGUUUGGCUGAGACAUAUGUUGAAACAUUUGAUGAUCUAUCUGAGGCCACCAACAAGAACCAACUAUCCAAGGCCCUGUUGUACACACAGAAGGCCCUCAUGUCUGGCUCACAUGGAGGCCCUACUAGGGAACAGAUUCAGCUCAUUGAGGAUGCCAUGGCAUUCAUCACUAAGGCAUCGACAGAGGAGAGACGGCUUUACCUUGACAACAAGAUCAAAGCUGAUCUGACCCCAGUUGAGGGUAAAGUUCCCCCUGCUCCCCAGCUCCUUAGUAGGACAGAAAGGACUAUGGUCUUCAGGCCCACACCCUUUCAACCAUCUACUGGGGAAAAGGUUGCGUGGUACAGGUUAUUUGCUAGAAGUGCCGCAGGAAGCAAUGUGAAAGUGAGGCUGAAUGACUACCAUCUGCAGGGCACUGGGGAGGAGAUACCUUCGUUCAGGUCUGAGAUCCGUGUGUCUGGUUUGACCCCUCAUGAACGUUACAUAUUUGCCGUGGCUGCGUACACUGAGGAGGGAGCUCUGAUAGGUGGCAGCAUAGGAGAGUCUAGUAAACCAAUCCUUGCGUCCCACCCACUUCCUAUACUCAUGGCAUGGGCAUAUGUGGCUCAGACUGCCUAUCAGGUGGGUGUAUACAAUAAGGCUAGGGAGGCAUGCAGGGUUCUCUGGGAUCAUUUUGUAGCUGAACCACCUCCACCCCAGGGAGUCACAUACACCACAGACAACAACAAUGACUUCAAGCUUAUUCUGCAUAGGCUUAACAAGAAGGUUGUCAGCAUGGCAUCGCCAGUCCUCCUCAGGAUGUUCCUGACCAGUGUUUUCAUACAUGUGGAUGUCAAUGUGAAGGAACAAGCUUUGUAUUGUGACUCACUUUGUGAUAAAGGACCACUUUAUAAGGGGCAGAUUGAGAGGCUUCACCAGUGUGAGAAGUUACUAGUUGCUGUUGAAUUGUGUGGCUGGCUGAAUGAGGGCAAUCUAGCUCUACAAGCUGUUGUACAGUGCUAUGGCUUGGUAUCCCCAAUCAUCCACUACAAAAUACCAUCUGUACCAGUCAUACAGGUUCUAGAAAGAUGUCAGGCUAUUCUACAGGAAAUCCCCACUGGUCUUAGGCAGAAGAGGGUUGGAAGUAUCAGUGAUAGCCUACACCAUAUGACUGCCUGCCUCACCUACCAUAUGGCCAAGGUUAUAAGAACAUGGGGGCAGCGUAACCUAGCCAACAACCUAAAUGAUGUUGGACGCAAACUUCUUGCUGUGGAUGACAAGGAGAAAAAUGCUGAGGGUGACUCUGGGAAAGACCCCUUAGCCACAAUAGAUCAAACUGAAACAGGAUCAUUGACUCUCACUGCCUUGAAAAAGAAAGGUGCAAAGAAAGGAUUACCUGUUGAGAAAGAGAAGGAACCUGAUGGUCCUGUGAAUGAAGAGCUCAAGGCACUGGAAGCCCAUAUGCUGAAACUAUCAAAGCAAGCCCAAAGUGAACAUGCAUUGACUGGCAAUGAGGACCCAAGUAUACUACAUGCCUAUAUAGCCUACUUACCCAGUAGAUUGGCCUAUAAAGAAAUUCUAAAGUUCAAGCGUCGUACCCGCUACCUGGAGUUCUUUGUGCAGGUGAUAGAGAAGGCCUUGGCAGAGGGACUGGCUGACUAUGCCAUUGAUUGGUGCCAAGACACAUUCAGUUGGCUUAAUAAGCGUAAUGAGCAGAUUAUUGGCAGCAAGGCUGUAGUGAACAAACAACCAGGUGUUAUGGCUAUAGCAGGUGAUGACCCUAAGAAAUACGCUGCUGCUAUGAUGGAGUACAACAAGGAAAAGAAGGAUAGUCCUCGCACAAAGUAUGCUGCUGCACAGAGAGCUGGUACCAAGAAAAAGAAACCACAGAAAUACAAGCUAUUGCAUUCCAACUCCAACAUGACAGAGCAGCAGAAAGAACAGCAAGAACAAUUAGAGUUGAAAGCUAUUGAAGUACUGGCUCGACUCCUCCCAGAGCUGUAUAGAGGCAUUCAGAGGAAGUGCAAACUGCGUAAGGUCUGUGUGGAGGAAUUGCCCUGGAGAUGCCAGCUGAACAUAUUGCUGGGUUUGAGCCAUUUUGGUGUCUUUUUGCAAAAGUUGGAGGUUCGUGAGAAGGUGAUUGGGAACUCUGCAAAUAGUACAUACAGGACUACAUUUUUGGACCAAGAAUGGUUCACAUUUGAGAAUGCAGGGACCCUUGUUGUGGGCUGGGAGGGUGGUCCUCCACGCCUGGCCACCAGGGAUGGGUAUCCCAGCGACCACAGAGGAAAGGGGAGCCAGGAUAGACCAAAGACAGGCAUUGAGAUUGCAGCUGCUGCUGCAACAGGUCACCCCCCUCCUCCAAUGUUUGCUAUCCCAGAGGAGGAAGAAGACACCCCCAGGACAUACCGAUCUGACCGUGGGGACAGUAAGGUGCCUAAUGAGGUACCAAAAGAGCUGGUGACCACCAGGGAAACUAUUGAGGCCCUUACAAAGACCUUUGACUUUUUCAGAAGAGCUGUGGUUCUCUCUCACAGAGGCCAACAUUGGACAUUGCUACAGAAUGCAUGUAGGUCUCUGUGGAAUGUGGUCCAUACAGCUCUGCUGCGUGCCUUCUCAGACACAUCUAACGCUAACCUGAUCACAGUGGAGGAACUGAGGGAACUUGUAUGGUUGCCAUGCUACACAGCAGCAGAUUGCCUGCUUGAUUGCCUCUAUGAACUGCAGAUUGACAUCACUAAACAAGCUGCAAAGAACAAGAAUGGAGAGAGGCCAGUUGUUGCUGACACCUGGUCAGGUGACAUAACAACAGAGAAAGGUGGCGCUAGUUUGAAAUUUGAAGACCCCUUGGAUGAUAUAAGUCUGGUUGAUACACGCUGGGUGCGUAGAAUCACCCUGAGAGUCAUAGAGAUGCUGUAUUAUGAGAAGAAAUGGGAACACUUGGUAGAUUUGGCAUUUAGGUUCAAUGCACUUACUAGUGACCGUUAUGUUGAGCAAGUGAACCCAUUGGUAAUCAAGGCCCAGAGAGAGUUACUGGUGAGAGUGAGCCAGGAAGGAGGCCAUGUGCCACCACAGCCUCACUUUGUUAGUGCUGAGCGUGAGCUUGGAGAGAAGAUCAGCGCUAAGGAGUAUCUUGGGCUACAGCUAACAGUUGAUGUGUCAGCUGAAAACUUACCAGCCAUUGAUGCUGGGGCUCAUAUAGACCCUGAUGGUCAUGAUAUAUACUCAGGUGGUGUCCAUGCUCUGCGUAACAUCAUGGUUCCCUUAGAUGUGAACUACACCCUCCAGGCACUGAGGACAGCACUAGAUACCUCACAGUACAACUCUAGAGCCCUGCAGCACUCAAGGAAGCUACUCAUGCUGUACCUAUCUGGACGACAAAACACUUCAGAUGGAAUUAGUCGAGGUCCAUCGAGGGUUGAGUUUAGGGCCAACACUGCCCACCCCCAACCCAUCAUGCCUCCAGACCUGCGCAAACAGGAGUUCCACUCAGUUGAUGACAUACAGACUUCCCCCAUGCCUGCCUCCCAAGUUGGAGUUGUUAUCUCGUCAUACAAUAAAUCAAUUGAGAUGCUGACAGCCAAGAACCAGAAGGGUCUGAGCAGUCAGGCUCUACAUGAACUAGGCAAUCUGCAGUACCACAUAGGCAAUGUGAAGGCUGCCUACAAGAGUUGGUCGGUUGCUCUGGAUGUGAUCCUUGGUAUAACAGAUGCCAUUCACACUUGGAGAGGCCACUUCAACACAGAUGAGGACAUUGCCUCGCAGCUUCUCAACAAAUGUGGACUGUGGGGAUGUGUACUAGGUGGAGUGUUGGCCUCUAACAUAUCACAAUAUGUCAUCACUUCUAAUCUAGGACUGAGAAUGGAUUGCUGUUUUCUCUCUGGAUUCUUUUUCAAGGCGCUAUUUAGAUCAUCUCUGCCCCACCCCCGUGCAGAUCGUGACUAUGCCUUGUAUGACAUAGGGGAGGGCUGUGAGGUGACAAAUCUUGUCCCUGGGGUGGAUCUGCUCUCAGACAGGUUCAGAGUUGAUGGCAGGACCCUCGUCUCUGCUUUACGCUGGGUCACUGAGGAACUUGCUCGUGGCAAGCACAAUCUUUUUGUAUUGCCAUUGUUGACUCUCUACAACUACUUUACAACAUUUGUAUGCAGAGACAUACAGCGUGCUGUAGAUGGUAGGAUCUUAAGGGUCCGUACACUGACUGAUCUCUGUCUUUUUUCUGAGGCCUUCAUUACUCUUCAGAGACUUUUGUAUGGAGAGCGUCUUCCCCACACAGCUGACAGUAACUUCAGGCAGGUGGAGUCGAAGAUGCCAUCAACAAAAUUCAACACUUCUAAGCCAAUCAUGGAUGUUGCAAAUCUCAAGGUUUUGGAAAAUGUGAUAGAGAAGCGUCUAUCAUCAAACUUGAGCACCUUAUAUGGUCCUCACCUGACCUGUCACCUAUCUUUAGUUCACGCCCACUUGCUGGUUGCCCUAUCAAACACAAUGCCUGUUCUGCCGCACUUUGAACACCUCAUGGGUCCUGAGGGUCCUAGAGUCCCCCACACUCUGCCUUCUAUGUCUAAAGGAGGUGGUAAAGGUCCCAAGAUGUCAGGAUCCUCCAGCAUGACUGGCCAAUCUUCACGCACUGACAACUAUGGAGAUGUUUCCCAAACACCAUCUGUAGCUAGUAGCCAAGGGUUUUCACCACCGAACAGAGAUGAUGAUACAGAUACAGGUAUGAGUGCCUCCCAGGCAACAAUGCCAUUCACAAGUGGUAAGAAGACUGUUGAUCAGGAGUUCAUUAAGGGGACUCUACUAGGAGUGGCUGAUCAGAUGUUAACUGCACUCUCUGAGAUCCUCCUGGAGACUGCUGAGUAUGAUGGCGGAGUUGUUGAAGACCUUACAGCAGCUGAGUUAGAGCUAGUGGUCCUUUGUAAGCAGGAACUGUCCAGCAUUGCCACCCAGCGCCACCACUCAGCCAUGGCCUCACGAUCUGUACUCGCAGCCUUGAAGCUCUUGCAGAGCUCAAGACUCUUCACCAAACAAUCAGCAUCUCAAGUCAAAAUGACCUUGGGUGGAGAGCCCUUAUUCAAAUCUGAGUCUUCUGUACGUAUCACCCAAUCAGAAAACAUCCAGUUUGCCUACCAAAAUUUCCAGAGUCGUUCUCGUCUUGACGCACGUCUCUGGCUCGACUGUCGUCUGGCCCUUGUCAAAAGCAUGCUGGGAGAGGUGAAAGGCAUGGGAGAUAUAAAAGGGCAUGACAAGGGAGUUGGCGAGGAGCUGGCUGAGUGUAGGACAUAUAUAGCUGAAGGUAUAGCAGAGUCUGAGGGAUGUGGGGACGUAGAGAUGCAGUGUGAGUUCCUUAUGCAAGGUGUUCACUUGGAGAUCAUGGAAGGCAUCAGGGUUGAGCUCAUCAUUGAGAGCCUACAGGAAAUAUUAGAAUUGGUCGAAAAGGCGACGAGUCCUGCUCAGUCCACGCAGUUGCUCCAUGCUCUUGCACUCGUACAUCUAACUGAUCUGAUUGGUGCAUCUGGAUUACAUGACCCAGACAAGGAAACAACGGAAGUGACAUUACCCUCAUAUGUCAAGGCUCAAAUGCUGCUACUUUCUCAGAUGGAAGAUUUGGGUGAGAAGAUAACACAUCGCUACCCAGUUGGUGCGAAUCUUCACUUCUCUACACCAGAGAGCCCUCUAUUGAACGUUUAUAUCCCUCAGCUGCUCCAUCUGGUGGAGGUUAAAUUGAGAAUUGGCCACGCCAUGGCACGUAAUGCCACUAGGUCCAUCAAACGCAGUUGGUUAACCAUGUCACGUCAUGGCACUCAGAUGUCUAACAUGGCAGAUGAUCCUAACAACCAAGGGAUGCCAGAUGAACGGUCUGCUAGGACAGCAGCGGAAUUCUGGAUGGUGCCACUUGGGGUGCUGAUGUCAGGAUAUGAGCUGAGUCGGGCCAGUGCUACAAGGAUAGCAUCAUUGGAGGCAGAGAUACUACUCAAUAUAGGAAAACUUCAGAGACAGCUUUCCCAGAUUGGUCGAUUCAACUCCCGCAUGGCUGUUAACACCCUGAUUGAGGCAAUCAAGACAACUUACAUAAACGACCAUGACCUUGGUAUUAUUCGUCAAGCUUACUUGGAGAUUGCCCUGAUUUACCUGGCUAGCAGUGGGGUGGUUAACAUGAAGGAAGGAACAUUUGUCGAGUCCAUGUCUGAUUCCGACCAUGAGGAGAGUGAGCGUCAACGACGUAAAGGUCGCAAGAAGAAAUGGGUGUCUAAAGACAAGAAAAUGUCGAAAAAGGACAUGGAGAAUAUCAAAAAGCAGAAGAAACUUGUUCAAGAAAGUGAUAUAUCAAUGGAAAGGAAUGCUGCAUAUGUGGCACUCAGAUGUGCAGCAGCUGUAUGUAAUGCACAGCGGGAACGUGUCCUCCUAUUGGGUGAUGCAAAUGUGAUGUCACAAACCCCCAAAGAGAAGAGUCAAGCCGACAUGCCAGAGUUUGCCAUAUUGGAUUUGGUUAGCUCAUAUGUAUUUGGAAUUAAGAAGAAGAUAUACAAGAAUGACAUUGAGGAGGAAAUGGCACCAUUGAUUGAGAGCUUGGAGCCUAAACAUGUUGAGACAUAUGAUGAGCAGGUUCACAAAGCUAAGCUCCUUGCCUGUGAUAUAAGUUGGAUUCACUUGCUUGGAUACCAAGCCAUCCUGCAGAGAUUGGGCAGCACAGGUGCACUGUCCACCAAGCCAGAGACGAAACCAGAUGAUGAGAACCACUCUCUUGGACCAGAGUUUGACAUGGGAUUCUUCAGCCACAUGCAGUUUGACACAAGCCUCAAUCACAAUGUUGUGAGAUCUCUUGCGAUUGGUCCAAUGUGGAGCAUCCGAUUAGCCCAGAUGCACAAAUAUUUGACGUCUAAUCUGACCACGUAUGCCGUGAACUGCACAGCUAUUUACCCUCCUAGUGCCAUACAGCUUGGAAUGGGAGUGGAGACCCCUUGGACUGCAGAGAUUAAACCGGUGUCUUCAAGUUACCAGGCAAACUUGGUGUUUGCCUCAGACCCCGAACACAGCAAACAUUUACCUGACUCCUCAGUGCCCCCUGGUUCUCACCCUGAAGCAUACAAACCUAACGACAAAGCUAUUGUUGGACAGACAGAGGCAGAUCUGACCACUCAGUGGUACCAGCCUAGCCUGGAGGAACACUUUAUGCCAGCCACAACUGUGUCAGGGAAGAAAGACAAGAGAGUCAUGUUGAUCUACUCCAUGACUAGAAAGACAGGGACAUUCCACAGUGCCAUGCAAUGGGUGUCUCUGAGCCAGCUCACUGAUUUACAUGAUAGGCUUUCUGUUCUGAGACAGAGGGGAGAGAUAUCUCUGGGGGAUAAGAAGACAAAGGAGUCAGUUGCUUCAACCCCAGCUGCUCCAACCAACACUAAGGGCAAGAAACAACGCAUCAAGGCAUUGUCUCCUAAAAUAAAGAAAGAUGACCAUCUAGAGUGGUUGCUAAGACAAUGUCUGACUGAUGCACAAGGAUUGUUUGGAGUUGUGCCAGAGGAAGAGCAACCAGCUCUCAUUGAGAUACCCUUUGAUGUCAACAAGACCAACAUCCUUAACUUUGAGAAAUUAUUUGACCCAUGCUACGGUCACGCCAUCAAAUCAGGCAAGAUGCUGGACUGGUUAAGUAAACUUUUCCCAUGAUGCAACACAAAUACCCACAGUAUAUCUGUGAUAGACAUUUACUAUGACUGCAGUCAUAACGACAGUAUUUAGUUGAAAAAACAAUGUGUGAUAUAGGACAUCAGCUAUUCAGCCUACUGAUAAUUUUUGGUGUAUCAUUUAUAGUGAAGUGAUAUUUGAACAGUGAUAUGUUGUAUUCCGUCCAUACAAUUUAAGAGUUUAUAGCAACGAGUCUAAUAGUGUUUACAGCAUACUGUUGAGAACUUGAUAUAUACUUUAGCGAUUAUGUUUAUACAAUACUCCGUCCAGAAAUAUUUAUUCAGUCACAUUUUAGCCUGUUUUAUUGUACAAUCAUCAUUCUUAUAUAUAACUUAUAAUAUAUUCUUCUAUAUAACUGUUGUAUUGUGUUUGUUAAACAGUCAUAAUCUUGUAUCAAAAUAUUUUGAAAUAAAUUGUUUGAAUAUAGUUUCAGUAAAAUGUGCUUGUUAGAUAAAACAUUAAAAUGCUAAAACAUGAAGCAUGUAUUGGUGAAUUGUUGAAAUCGUUUUGAAAAUACUGUUUCCCAUAAAAUGUUGACAACAGUAUUUGA